AUGGAUUCGGAAGCUUCAACUCUCCAUGUAGUAUAUGAAAUGUGGGAUUCAAUGAUUGAAAACGUAAGAAAAGUCAUAUACAAGUAUGAAAGAAAGACGGAGUCGGAGGUAUCAACCUUUUAUGAGGUAGUGCACUCCAUAUUAGUUGAUCGUUGGACUAAGGGUAACACACUUCUCCAUUGUUUAGCUUACUCUUUGAACCCAAGAUAUCAUAGACAUGAAUGGCUAAGUGAAGAUGCUAGUAGAGUUCGUCCACAUAAAGAUGUGGAAAUUACUCGUGAACGGAUGAAGUGCUUCAGAAAGUACUUUUAUGAUGCGGAUGUGAGAGGAGAUAGGGGGCAGAUUGAUGCUAGAUCUUGGUGGCUUACUCAUGGUGCUCAUGCUCCACUAAUACAACAAGUUGCUCUUAAGUUACUUGGGCAGUCAUGUUCGUCUUCAUGUAGUGAAAGAAAUUGGAGCACAUACUCCUUCAUUCAUUAUUUAAAGAGUUAUAAGAUGACACCCGAAAGAGCUAAAGAUUUAGUAUUUGUUCAUAGCAAUCUCCGGCUUAUUUCGAGAAUUUCUCCACAAUACCAUGAAGGGGAAACCAAGAUGUGGGAUAUAGCGGGAGAUGUGUUUGAAUCACUUGAUGAGGGUGGAUGUGGAAUACUUAAAGUUGCUAAUUUAUCACUUGAUGAACAGGAGCUAGAGGCUAUAUUUUUCAAUGAUGAUGAUGGUCAAGAAGGGGGAGCAAGCCACUAG